ACAGUUCCCCAUAGUUAAGGCUCAUUUCAACUGUGGAUACGACAGCGAACACCUUGAGUAGCGCGCAACUUGACGGCAGUAUUCAUUUCGCAACCAUCAGCAACUGUACUUGUAAUUUAAGUGUUUCAGUGUGUUAGUGUUGAGUGUGUGCGACCAAAUGUGGGCAAAUAAAUAUACGCAGAUCAUUUAGAAGUCUCCUUUACGCAAUCGAAGGUGAUCCUAUGAUCAUCGCAAGCGUGGAUUUGGAAUUUAAACAUUUUAUUUUUAUUGGAGUGAAGAAAUAGUGUUGGAUAUUUAUUGAAUAUAGAAAAACAUAUAGUGAAAUAAAGUUAGACAGAUAAAUAGUAGUGGCUGAAGGACGGUCUCUUAGCAGAGAGUUUGAAGUUAUAUAUAUUUUCUUGUAAAAUAAAUAUGGCUUUCAUAACGAAAUAUAUAUAUCAGCUGUUGCAUGAUAUAUUCGAGCAGCACAAAGAUCCUCGUGUGCAACAUCUACCGCUCGUGGGCUCUCCAUUCCCCGUGCUUGCUAUCAUUGCUGGGUAUUUGGCUCUGGUUUUGUAUUAUGGUCCCAAAUGGAUGGCAAAUCGUAAACCAUUUAAUUUGAAAUAUGUCAUGCGCGUAUAUAAUGCGAUACAAGUGCUUGCCAACUUAGCCAUAUUCGCAUUUGGCGUACCGUCCACGUAUAUGCGCAAGGAGUUCAGCUUAACAUGUCAACCGAUUGACCACACCAACACCGAGCGCUAUAUGUUGAAUACAAUUUAUCUUUCCUAUGGUUAUUACAUCACCAAGUAUUUAGAUUUACUUGAUACGAUUUUCUUUGUGCUGCGCAAGAAAAACAAUCAAAUCACCUUUCUGCAUGUUUACCAUCACGCCGGCAUGGUUUUCGCUGUUUACGCGUUCAUGACUUUCUUGGCAGGCAGUCACGCCACUAUGUUGGGCAUCAUCAAUCUCUUCAUACACACCGUUAUGUAUGCCUAUUACUUUGUGACGUCCGUUUGGACCAUCGAACGCAGCCUCUGGUGGAAGCGUCACAUUACACAGCUGCAACUGCUGCAAUUCGGCUAUUUGUUUAUACACUUUCUAAUGCCGAUUGUACGCAAUCACUGCCAACAUCCGGUGAUCAUAUCCUUUGUCGGCCUGAUACAGAAUCUAUUUAUGUUUGCGCUCUUCUUCGAUUUCUACUACAAGGAGUACAUAAGGAAACCGAAAUUGCUCGCCAGAGAGCAGCAACGUAAAUGUCAGCAACAGCAACUACAACAACAACAGCAGCUGCAGUCAAGUUCACAGACGCCAUCACAACAACAACAGCAGCAGCAGCAGCAAGGCGUUGCAACGCAACGCAAACAACACUCGGCCAACACUGUGCAAACACAGUUAACCUCCGAAGUGUGUGCUGAAGCUCAAGAGGAGCAGCUGCAACAGACAUGCGUCACUCCGACGUCCGAACAAUUGAAUUUGUGCAGCAAUACGGCAAGUCGGCAGCAUAUUGCCGCCGUAUCGACGUCUAGUUUGCUUAAAGCGAAGUGUAGUUAAAGUAAAUUUCUAUUUCAUUUAAUUUGAUUUUUUGCUUUAAUUAUUGUUUUUAUAUGAAAUAAAAGAGUAACUUUCUGCUUUUUAUUUAAUAAAUGUCAAAUCAAAGAUA